AUGGGAAAGGAAUUUUUGAAGGAGGCUGCUGAAUUUUGGAGACCCAAGAGAACGCUGUACAGCAAGAAGUAUGGAGUGGACCUCAUCAGGUACACGCACGCUGCCAACACGGUGGUCUACAGCUCCAACAAAAUAGAUGAUACAAUACGAUACUUGUCGCUGCAUGACAACAAAUACAUCCGGUAUUUCCCGGGGCACACAAAAAGAGUGGUUGCCCUUUCAAUGUCUCCAGUGGAUGAUACUUUUAUUUCUGGAUCUCUCGAUAAAACUAUUCGACUUUGGGAUCUCCGCUCUCCAAAUUGCCAGGGUCUUAUGCAUCUCCAGGGGAAGCCUGUGUGCUCUUUUGACCCCGAGGGGUUGAUUUUUGCUGCUGGAGUCAAUUCUGAAAUGGUGAAGCUUUAUGAUCUCCGCUCUUUUGACAAGGGUCCAUUUGCUACCUUUAAAAUGCAGUAUGAUCGAACAUGCGAGUGGACAGGUUUGAAGUUCAGUAAUGAUGGCAAACUCAUCCUCAUAUCAACCAAUGGAGGCUUCAUUCGACUGAUUGAUGCUUUCAAAGGAGCUGUCCUGCAUACGUUUGGGGGGUAUAACAACAGUAAGGCUGUCACGCUGGAGGCAUCCUUCACGCCAGACUCUCAGUUCAUCAUGAUAGGUUCAGAGGAUGGCAAGAUUCAUGUUUGGAAUGGGGAAAGCGGCAUGAAGGUGGCUGUGCUGGAUGGGAAACACACGGGUCCUAUAACCUGCCUGCAGUUCAAUCCAAAAUUCAUGACUUUUGCUAGUGCAUGUUCCAAUAUGGCCUUUUGGUUGCCAACUAUCGAUGACUAAUUCCUACGCUGCAGCUGCUGCCAGGUGACAUCCCUAGUGCUAACAGCAGCCUACUCUCCCAAGGAUAGUGUUGGGAUUGCUUAGCUCUCCUCAACUGUUCCCACUCCUGUGUUAUGUUUCCAUAUGUCUUACCUUUGUUUGCUGCAUUCCUUUGCAAGGACUCCUCCACUCAACCUCCUCGUUUGUUCAGAAGCAGCAUGUGGCUCUUUCUUACCUUCCAGUCCA